AUGCAUGUCGAUAAAUUGUGUAAAGCACUCAACACUGUAAAUCUUGACGAUGAAAUAACGCCACAAUUGAGUCGAUUUAGUACUGCGAACGAGUACUGCUCCAUACCGUUCUCGGCGCUUCAACGCGUCACGACACUUGGCGUUGGUGGUUUCGGUCGCGUUGAACUGGUGAAAGCAAACGGGAAAGUGUUUGCGUUGAAGGUUAUAAACAAGAAACACAUUGUGGAUAUGAAGCAAGAGAAACAUGUCAUGUCAGAGAGGGAUAUUAUGUUAUCGAGCAGUUCUUCAUUCAUAGUCAAGCUCUACAAAACUUUCAAGGAUAAAGCAAAACUGUACAUGCUCAUGGAGCCUUGCCUUGGAGGUGAAGUGUGGACUGUAUUGAAAAGGAGAGGUCGAUUUGAUAACGAAGCGGCGCAAUUUUACUGUGCAGCAGCAAUCGAAGCUUUCCAAUACCUACAUGAUCAAAAUAUUGUCUUCCGAGACUUGAAACCGGAAAAUAUGCUCCUUGAUAGGAACGGAUAUCCAAAACUGGUUGAUUUUGGUUUCGCAAAGCGUCUAGGUGCAGAGGGUCGAACGUGGACGUUUUGUGGUACUGCUGAAUACGGUGAGCGCAUAGUUUUUAAUCGAAGUUUAAGAGGAAAACAACGAUUACCACCUGAAAUCGUCCUCAACCAAGGUCACGAUACAUCAUUGGAUCUUUGGGCGUUGGGCAUCUUUUUGUAUGAGUUGCUAUCUGCAAAACCACCAUUCGCAAGUUCUGAUCCAUUGGUCAUUUACAACGCUAUUUUGAAAGGAUUCGGAAGAUGGGCAUGGCCCAGAUAUUUCUCGAAGGAUGCCAUCAAUCUGAUAUUGUCGCUUUGUAAGCAAGAUCCAGGCUUACGUCUGGGCUAUGGCCAUCUCGACGACGUUCGUAAGCACCCGUGGUUUGACGGGUUCGACUUUGUCGAAUUCCGUGCGCGUAAGAUGAAACCGCCUGUAGUGCCGGUGGUAAAAUCGGAUGUGGAUACGAGUAAUUUUGACACCUUUCCUUCAAUUGACUCAUUUGCAACGGGUAAUGACGAGUCUGGCUGGGAUUUUGAUUUCUGA